AGCGUCUGUCGGACCAUCAGCUCAUUCCCAUCAUUCCGAAUCAGCCGUUUGAUUAUUAAUAAAAACGACAAUUACGCCUAUAUGUUUUAUUGACUCCAAGCUAUGCGUGAAACGAAAACAAUGACCUGUUGUUAUAUUUACCACUGCUUUCUGCGUUUAUCGUUAGAAGACUCCGGAGCAUCAUCUCAGGGAGCCGACUCUUCACUCGCGCAGGACGGGACGCGAUCGCGAGAGCGCCGUUAGGAUUCAUUCACAGGAAUUCCAAAGGAAGUUCAAUAAAGCUUAACACGUUUGAAAUGAAUAAUCUGUAAUAUUAGAAUAAUCGACCCUCCAGCGCAAAUGUGCAACAACGGAUAAAUCGUGGCGGUCUCUGAAUGUCUUCUAUUAAAUCGCUCCUUUAGAGGUGGACUAUUAAUUCUACAAAUUAAGCAGUGUUGUUUCCUUGGGCACAAUGAAAUCCAUCUUCUACAGUCGCCUUUUCAUUCUUCUCCCGUGGAUUUUGAUAGUGAUCAUCGUGAUCGAUAUCGACACGAAAAGAUCGUCUGUUCGGAACACGGCGAGCUUCUAUUUCUCUCGGAUGGGAACUGUCCAGCAGCGGCAGCAGGACGUCAGGGCGACUCGGACCAGCAGCGUGUUCGGGAGUAACGGCACAUCUCUCCCUGUAAUUUAUGCCAUCACUCCCACUUACAGCAGAGCGGUGCAGAAAGCAGAACUCACGCGCCUGGCCAACACGUUCCGCCAGGUUCCGCAGUUUCACUGGAUCGUGGUGGAGGACUCGAACUCGCAUACGGAGCUGGUUUCGCGGUUUCUCGCCCAGUCUGGGCUUCGAUGCACCCAUCUGAACGUGUUCACCCCGCGCAGGUUCAAGCGCACGGGGAUGCCCCGCGCGACCGAGCAGAGGAACGCAGCGCUCGGCUGGCUGAGAGGACACAGCACCUCCAAAGAUAAAGGAGUAGUGUUCUUCGCGGAUGAUGAUAACACUUACAGCCUUGAGUUGUUUAGAGAGAUGCGGUCAACCAGGAGAGUCUCAGUGUGGCCAGUAGGACUUGUUGGAGGCCGGAGGUACGAGCGUCCCCUGGUGGAGAAGGGCAAAGUAGUCGGUUGGUACACAGGCUGGAGGGCAGACAGACCAUUUGCAAUUGACAUGGCUGGCUUUGCUGUGAACCUGCAAGUGAUCCUGUCAAACCCACGUGCCCUCUUCAAGAGGAGAGGAGCCAAACCAGGUAUGCAGGAGUCUGAUUUCCUCAAGCAGAUCACAAAGGUGGAGGAACUGGAGCCAAAGGCCCACAACUGUACCCAGGUUCUGGUGUGGCACACCCGCACUGAGAAGGUCAAUCUGGGCAACGAACCAAAGCGGCAACGCGAUUCUGUUUUUAUUGAGGUCUAGUGGAUGAAACUGUCCUAGGAGUUUUAAACUUGCCAAUUUUACAUUGGAUGGAUCAGAGGACUGCAAUCAAUGGCACUUGCCAAAAUGUUGGCCACCUUUGAGCUUUUGGAUACCUAUUCUGGAGAAAAGACAUGUUCCUCAAGCAAUCAAAUGCUCUGGAGUUGCAUUCGGACUAAGCUGUCCUGGGAUCAUGUUCCUCGAUUCUUCACUGACAUGCAUUACAUCUGCUGAUGCUUUUCACUGUAGCAACACACUGGAUUACCUAUAAUGUGGUGGUGGAAAAACCAUGGUUUAGGGGUUUACAAAUGGCAAAUGUGUGUAAAACGUUAUCCUAUUCCUAAUGCAUCUAUAGUGAUCACUCUACUUGUAGACUCUGGACGGCUCUCCAGAGAAUCAGAUCAAAGUCUGUAUGCCUGUGAACCAUUAGGAAAGAAUGCUUUAAUAAUGUACAGAUAGGUCUCAACUACUGAUGGGUG